UGCUGGCUGAAAGCACGACGAUGGGCACAAAAACAAUCUUCAACAUCGAACAAGAGAAGGCGCUGAUAAGCUACAUUCUCCAGGCCAGCGACAUCAACUAUGGAAUUAGUUUGAUGGAGCUUCGUAAGCUCGCGUAUGAAUUUGCUCGGAAAGUUGGCGCGUCGUAUCCGGAUCCAUGGAAUGACGAUCAACAGGCGAGUAAGGAUUGGCAGUUGACGUUCAUGAAACGCCACAAAAAUUUGUCACUGCGAACACCAGAGCAAGUAAACCAGAACCGUGCGAAGCGAUUCAAUAAAGAGAAUGUCGAUGCAUUCUUUGCCAACCUUUCAUCCGUUCUCGGUAAGACGCCGUUUGAACCUCACCGAAUAUGGAACAUGGAUGAAACCGGGUGCCCGACCGUGCCAACCAGACCUGUCAAAACCAUCGCGCGCAAAGGACAAAAGCAGGUCGGCUCAUCAACAUCUGCCGAAAAAGGCACCAAUGUGUCUUUGGCUUUGGCCGUCAGCGCUAGUGGCCAGUCUAAAGCGCCAUUCUUCCUCUUUCCCCGAGUCAACAUGAAAAAGAUUUUUAUGACUCAUGCGAGUCAUGGCGCUGUUGGUGUUGCGAACGGUUCUGGUUACAUGAACUCUGACGUAUUCUCUCAAUUCAUGCGUCAUUUCAUCAAGCACACCGGUGCUAAUGCCGAUUCGCCAACCAUGUUGGUGCUGGACAACGACGGUUCGCAUUUAUCGAUCGAGGCGAUAGAUUUGGCGUUGGAUCAUGGCAUCACGUUGCUGUCUUUUCCGCCGAAAUGCACGCACAAAAUGCAGCCGCUAGAUGUUGCGGUAUUUGCACCAUUUAAAGGCAUGAUGACCGUGAAGCAUGAUGCAUGGAAAAAGUCCAACAUUGGUGUCACUUUCGAUCUGCAUCAUGUGCCGCUCCUUGUCGAUCAGUGCCUCGAUGUUAUGUUAACGCUGAAAACCAUCAAAUCCGGCUUCCGAACAACUGGCAUCUACCCGUUCAACCCGUAAAUUUUCACUAAAGUUGACU